UUCUAAAGGGGUUCCCCAUCCUUGCCCUCAGUGCAGCCCCAGGCAGGCAGAACCGCGAGCAAACCUCCCUCCUGAGCUCCUUCAUAUGCUUUCUUGCUACGUGACUCUUCCUCCAUCACCUCCUCACGGCAUACAUCCCCUGGGUGCCUCGCGUCCUCAGCUCCGCUUUCAUCUUUUCCUGUCUCAGCACAUUGUUUCCUCUAGUUCUCCUGCCAGGGUGGAAGGGAGCCAUCGCAUCCGGCCGCGCUCUGGGACUGGCAGCGAGUGAAUGAUUGGCAGCGGGCAUCUCUGUCAGCGCUUUGGCAUGCCGCAGAGUAGAAGCCCCGUGCUAAUGAAUGCCAUCUACACCUACCAGAUGUGCCACUGGGUGACAUGCCAGAUCUUUUACAUAAUGCCAUUCUACCGGACACGAGACAGCUGGGGAGAGGGAGGCUCUGAGAGAUAGCAUCACGCCCAGAGUUCUCAGAACACCUCGGCCUCCUGAAUUCUCCCGCCUCUGCUGUCCUUCCGGAGCCCAUCCAGAUUCCAGAAAGGGGAAUGGAUCCGAAGGUUAAAGGAAUAAAAGCACCGAAAAAACCUGAAAUGAAAGGGGGCUCCAAGUUCCCCAGCCCGUCCCACUACUCUGUAGCUCCAGGUGCAAAGGAAUUACAACCUGAAAGGACAGGGGAUGGAAUGGACCUCAGGCAGAGCCUACAAGCCCUGAAACACCCCUUGACAUGGAAAUACACUGAUACAAUAGGCAAAAGGAAACCCUCGAUCGCAGCUUCCCGCUCCAGGUGGCCUUAUUUGGGCGGGUGGAUCCUGACCUUAUUCCGGUGAUGGAGGACUCAGGUGUCCAGAGAGGCAUCUGGGAUGGAGACGCCAAGGCUGUGCAACAAUGCCUGACAGACAUUUUUACCAGCGUUUACACGACUUGUGACAUCCCUGAGAAUGCUAUAUUCGGGCCCUGCGUGUUGAGCCAUACUUCCCUGUAUGACAGCAUCGCCUUCAUAGCUCUCAAGUCCACCGACAAGAGAACUGUACCGUACAUCUUCCGGGUAGACACCUCAGCGGCAAACGGCUCCUCCGAAGGCCUCAUGUGGCUGCGGCUGGUCCAGUCCGCCAGAGACAGAGAAGAACAGAACCUCGAAGCCUACAUCAAAAACGGACAGCUGUUCUACCGCUCUCUCCGCAGGAUUGCCAAAGACGAGGAAUUACUCGUUUGGUACGGGAAAGAACUGACUGAGUUACUCUUGCUCUGCCCCUCUAGAUCCCACAGCAAACUGAAUGGGUCGUCCCCUUAUACAUGCCUGGAAUGCUGCCAGCGUUUCCAGUUUGAGUUCCCCUAUGUGGCGCAUCUGCGUUUCCGCUGCCCCAAGAGACUGCACAGCGCCGAUCUGAGUCCCCAAGAGGAGCAAGGCGGCGGCAUGGGCACGAAGGACCAAGGGGGCGGCGGUGGCAAAGAGCAGCAGCCACAGCAGGAGGCAUCCCUGGGUCCGGGGCCCAAAUUCUGCAAAGCUGGCCCCAUCCACCACUACCCGGCCCCCUCGCCCGAGAGCAGCAACCCACCCGCCUCCGCCGGCAGCAGCAGUAGCAGCAGCAGCAGUGCGAAGCCAUCCACGGACUUCCACAACCUGGCCCGGGAGCUGGAGAACUCCCGGGGAGGCGGCAGCUGCUCCCCGGACUCGGGUCUCAGCGGCGGCUGCAGCGGCGCCGGCCACCAGGAGGCGGAGCUGAGCCCCGACGGCGCGGCCGCGGGCGGCUGCAAAGGGAAGCGGAAGUUCCCGGAGGAGGCUGCGGAGGUGGGCGGCCGGGCCCGCCUGGCCGAGCGGACCCCGCCGGCCUCCAAGGAGAACCUGGUGUGCACGCCGCAGCAGUACCGCGCCUCGGGCAGCUACUUCGGCCUGGAGGACGGCGGCCGCCUCUUCGCGCCGCCCAGCCCCGAGACCGGCGAGGCCAAGCGCAGCGCCUUCGUGGAGGUGAAGAAGGCGGCGCGCGCGGCGGGGCUGCAGGAGGAGCCGGCGAGCGGCGGCGGCGGGCUGCCCAAGCAGAGCCCGUUCCUCUACGCCACGGCCUUCUGGCCCAAGAGCGCGGCGGCGGCGGCCGGGCCCCUCCAGCUGCAGCUGCCCGCGGCGCUCACGCUGCUGCCGCCCUCCUUCACCUCGCUGUGUCUGCCCGCGCAGAACUGGUGCGCCAAGUGCAACGCCUCCUUCCGCAUGACCUCCGACCUGGUGUACCACAUGCGCUCGCACCACAAAAAGGAGUACGCCAUGGAGCCGCUGGUCAAGCGGCGGCGGGAGGAGAAACUCAAGUGCCCCAUUUGCAACGAGUCCUUCAGGGAGCGCCACCACCUGUCCAGGCACAUGACCUCGCACAACUGACACGGAGCGGACCCCAGGCGUCCGCGCGCGCAGGCCAGCCACCUGCAGGAGCAAAGUCGUGAGGACACCCACCGCUUCCUCGCGCCAGAAACGCUGCACACGCGCACGCAAACGCACACACACUCACGCAUACACACGCUCGAACACGUGCCCCUUCCCCUCCUUCAGAUAUUUACCCGGGACACGCACACAGAGACGCGCACGCGCGCGACAGGAUGGUGGAGUUUUGAUUGGGUGGGUGGUUGGAAGGGGUUUUCUUUUGAAUGCACGCAUUUUCACUUUCCCAAAAACAAAGGCACAUUUUUAAAAAUGUCAUAUAUUGCAACAUAUUGAUGCAUUUGUCAUACGUUUCUACUUAAAUUAUUAAGCACUUACGGUUUAGAUGUAAUAAUUAUAUGUAAGGGUAAAAUUUAUUUUAGAUAUAAAGCAACGGAGGACGGUGAGAUGCUUUCUGCAUUUCUUGAUGAUAGCUUGCGUUCUUACAGAAAUAAACAAAAUGAAUAAAAAGGGGCUUGCCAUUCAGUUCAAGUUUCCAGGGGGAAGUGCAUGGAUCAUGAAAUGAUUAUGGACUUCAAUGAAGAAUGUCAUCAAUUAUGUAAAUAUGUAUUUCCUUUUAAUACAAAGUGUAAUUUUGUGUCAGUGAAAUGGAGUCUGAAUAGUUAUGUGUUUCUUUUAUCCCUGGAAAGAUUUAUUAAACUUUAUAGUUUAUCUCGGUAUGUUGGAUGCUUUGACAAUAAAUGACUAUUUUCUUCAAAGCUA